GAAAAAAAAAAUCGACCCGAAUUCACCGAUCAACACUUACUAGCCCGUCUAUGAAAAAAUGAUCAUGUUUGGAGUUAGCGGCGUUUAAUAACGUCCCCGCUCGGGAUGUAAACUAUUAAAACAGUUAGCGACUCGGGCGGUGAGUUUUACUGACGGGAGUUUCGUCUUGUUUAAACCUUUUCUUUUUUUUUCUUUUUUUUUUUUUCUUUACUCGGCGGCUAACUAGCUCGGCUAUGGUGAGCUAACAGCCGAGCUAGCAGGCUGGCGACGGACUUGUAAACAGACGUUCUCUGCGUCCCGGUGGCCCCUCGCCUCCCUGCAAAGUUUGAGGGGAGUUGUGGGUCGGUAGGGACUGGGGGGAAAGCUUUUUUUCCGGGGGGUGGACCGAGAGAGAGUCGUCAGGAGGGGGAUGCUUUGCGGGGCUUUCGAGGCCCGACGGGAGUUGAAGAUUACCGAGUGAAACAAGGGAGAAAUGGCGUCCGCGGACGUGGACAGCAGUCAAAGCGACUUUCUGCAGGAAACGCAGACGACAGACAUGUCUGCCAUUCAGCUGUCGGGACCAGACCGCUGGGAGGUGUUAACGCCCGUCUCGGCCGCCAAGGAUGAUCUCAAUGGCGGAAUCGUCACGUCCAACGGGCAGUACGUGCUUCCCCUCAGUGGUCUCCACAACCAACCCAUCUAUGUCACGGCGCCUGGGGGCGAGGCGGCGGCCAAUGGCGUGUCGGGCAUUCAGUAUCAGGUCAUCCCUCAGAUCCAAAACGCAGACGGGACACUGACAAGCUUCCAGACGCAAGGCUUGGAUGACGGCACGGGGCAGAUCCAGCUCCUCCAAGACAACAGUCAUGGCGGCAUCGGAAUCAGCUGCGCUACGGCGGCCACCACGGACCUCUUGACGCAGGCGGGGCAAGUGCAGUCCAUCCAGGGCCUCCCGCUGGCCGGGGGCUCGGCGUACCCCGUGGGGUUGCCCGGCAACAUCACCUUCGUGCCCAUCAACAGCGUUGACCUGGAGUCACUGGGCCUGACGGCGGCACAGACGGUACCCAUUGCCACGGGCGUGACGGCGGAGGGCACGCUGAUCAUGAGCGGCCAGACCCUUGAGAGCGCCGGGCAGGAUGGCAAACUGACGGUGGGGGGCGACGGCAACCAGGAGCUCUACGUCCCCACCUCCGAGGCCCCCUCGCAGCUCCCCGCCACCAUCGACGGGACGGGUGUGCUGACCCAGGCCACAGCCGUGUCCGCCGGCGUGUCGGACCCCUCGUCCUCUUCAGAGAACUUUAAUUCCCACCUGCAGCAGAUCCAGGUGUCGUCCUCCAGCGGCGCCACCCUCUCGCAGCCCAUCCUGCACCUGUCGGGCGACGGUCAAGCCCAGGUGGCAGCGGGCCAGGACUUGAACGCGGCGGCGGCUGGUCAGACCCUUCAGAGCGUCCAGUUGGUCAACCCGGGGACUUUCCUCAUCCAGGCCCAGACGGUCAGCCCCACCGGGCAGAUCCAAUGGCAGACGUUCCAGGUUCAGGGUGUUCAGUCGCUUCAGGGGCUCCAACUGCCUCAGGGGCAGGGCCAGCAGCUGACCUUGGCCCCAGUGCAGACCCUCCCGCAGGUCACCCUGCCCAACCUCCAGACUGUGACCGUCAACUCGUUGACGCAAAGCGGGGUGCAGUUCACGCAGCAGAGCGACGAGACCAACAGCCCGGCUGGCAUCCACAUCAAGGAGGAGCCCGAAUCUGAGGAGUGGCACCUGGGCGGCGACUCCACGCUCAACCCCAGCGACUUGAACAACCUGCGCGUGCAGAUGGCCGCCGACGACGACGUGGACGGCGCCAGCGGCGAGGGCAAGAGGCUGCGGAGGGUGGCCUGCACCUGCCCCAACUGUAAAGAGUCUGGAGGAAGAGGUUCCGGGCUGGGCAAGAAGAAGCUGCACAUCUGCCAUAUCGUCGGUUGCGGCAAAGUCUACGGCAAGACGUCUCACCUGCGCGCCCACCUGCGCUGGCACAGCGGCGAGCGGCCGUUCGUGUGCAACUGGAUGUACUGCGGCAAGAGGUUCACCAGGAGCGACGAGCUGCAGAGACACAGGAGGACGCACACAGGCGAGAAGAAGUUUGUGUGCGGCGAAUGCGCCAAGCGCUUCAUGCGGAGCGACCACCUGGCCAAGCACAUAAAGACUCACCAGAACAAAAAGGCCGGCGCCCCCGCCUCGUCGUCGUCGCCCUUGCCCACCGACACCCUCAUCACAGCUGACGGCACCACUCUCAUCCUGCAGUCGGCCGCCGCCCACAACCUGGUAGCCAAUCAGGAGAUUCCGCUGCAACUGGUCACUGUGGCACCCGGCGAGGCGAUUGAAUGAGGGCAGGACGCACGGAGGGGUGAGAGAACUGGCCGAUCAUAAGGACCUCCUCUCUUAUCUCCUUUCUUUCUUUUUUUUUUCUUUUUUUUUUUUUUUUUUUUUUUUUUUUUACAUAUGAAUAUAAAUAUAUAUGACAAAUAUAUAUAUUUUAAGUAAGAGUUAUCCAGACUUUGUUUUUGCAGUCUUUUUAUAGAACGGCGGAAGCAUUCAAAAUGGUUGCUAUAUACACACACACAAACACAUACACACACGUUAAACACAAUGAAAUGCCUUAUUUUGUAUCAUAGUCGUGUAUAAAAUGCUGGCGGUGCAUGUGUGUGUGUGUGUUGUUGUUUUUAUUUUUAAUUCAAAGAUCCUUCGCGGGAAGAUUCCCUGACACGUUUGGGAAGUGCGCCCAGAGUACAAUUGUUAAGGUCGGCAACGUUCUUCUCCGGCAAAACACCUAAUGCAAAAGCUCACUUGUUUAUCUCACCAUUUUAGUUGUGCACUAAAAUAAAGGGGUUUUCCCAUGAAAGUAAUGUCACGAGACCAAACGUCACACCGCUUCCUGGACGAGACCAUCACUUCUGGUCGCCUUGGAGAUGAUUUUGCAAAUGCUAGGCUAACACCCUGAUGCUAAAUUGACUUUCCAAAAUGUGUUGGAAAAAAAGUCUAAAUGUGACUGGAAGGGGGUCGACGCGUUUGGGAAGUGUUCUUAUAGUGCCAUCUUUAAGGUCGGUGUGGAUCUUCUCUGUCAAAACACCUAAUGCAAAAGCUCACUUGUUGUUUUUUUUUUUUUUGUUCCCCCCCCCCCCCACUGUUCAGUUGUGCACUAAAUCUUGGGAUUGUCACGAGACCGUCACUUCUGGUCACCUCGGACAUGGUUGCGUAUGCUAGGCUAACGCGCUAAUGCUAGGUGGACUUCCACAAAUGUGUGGGGAAAAGUCUACAUGUGGGAGUUAACACGUUUCGGAACUGCGCUUAAGUGUACAAUUAAGGUUGCCCACGGAUCUUCUCCGAUAAAACACGUAAUGCAAAAAGCUCACUUGUUUUUUUUGGACCAUUUAGUUGUGCACUAAAAUAAAACGUUUUCCAAUCACGUUAAUGUCACGAGAGCACAUUUCACACCUUUUCCUGGAAGAAACCAUCACUUCUGGUUACCUUGGAGAGAGUUUUACGAAUGCCCGGCUAAUACUAACUGAGCUUUCCAAAAUGUGGCGCGUGGGGGGCGGAUAAAAUGUGCAACUUCUUCAAGCGUCCAGGACAGAAUGUUCCCCCACAAUUUUUUUUCUUUUGUUUCUCUACAAAUUUGUGCUUUUCCCACUUUUUUUUUAUUUUAUUUUAUUUUAUUUUGUUUUCCCUUUCUUUGUCAGUCCAACGAAAAACAUGCAUCUCCAAAUUGUUUUGAUUUUCAAUCCGAAAAACAGCCAAACGGACGAAAAGCAAAUGACUCUCAAAAUGUGUAGUUGCACGUUUUUUGUUGUACAGUGACAUUAUUAUUAUUAUUAUUAUUAUUAUUUUGAAAUAAGUUCCUGUUUGUAUGUUGAAAAUUGCAGCAAACGGAUGCAACAAAUUGUAGCAGCAAACAUUCCAGUCCAGAUAAUGAGGUGGGAUUCCGUUUUUGCAAUAAACCAUGUGGCCAUGUGUGCUUGAAAGUUAAACAAAAAAAAAAAAAAAACAAUCACGUGAAUUUUUUGCUUGGUUUAUUGUUUCCUCCAUGUAUAAUCCUCAUGUUUGUAGCAUUUAUUUACAUGUGUAUGAUCUUAUUGUUUAUAGAAGCCAUCACUUAGUCAACACAAUUUAUUUCAACGUAUCAAAACCUUAUUUUAAAAUGAUUUUUUUUUUUAAGAGUUGGUGUAAAAAUUGAAUGUUACCUUUUUUUGUAAAACCUUUUUUCAAAUGGAUCACAAUAAAGUCUGAAACAUUCAGUCA